GCGACUCGCCGACGUCCCUGCCUGAAGGCGCUGGAGGCUGUUGCGCUGGUCAUGGCAGUGGCGGCUGCUGGUACCUUCAGGCUCCUUCUCAGGGCAGCAGGGAAAGACAAUGCGGGCAGGACGGCGGCUGCGUCUACUACUGCGGCUGCUGCUGCUGCUGUCCCUUUUCCGGACCUCUCCGCCGGGCUCUCUCUUGGCAGCGGCGGCGGCUUAAAAGCGAAGCCUUACUGCACGCUGUCUCCGCAGCAGCAGCAGCCGUCCGCUCCGCCUCCGGAUAUGAAAAGCUACCUGUGGAAAAGCUACAACGAGGCCAAAAGAGUCACCAAAGACCUAGUCCCUUCAAUCAUGAGUAAUUUGUUGAAUCCGGAUGCUAUCUUUUCCAACAAUGAAAUGAGUCUCUCAAAUAUAGAAAUCUACGGCUUUGAUUAUGACUACACUUUGGUCUUCUAUUCCAAGCAUUUGCAUACAUUGAUUUUUAAUGCUGCCCGGGACCUUUUGAUCAAUGAACAUCGGUAUCCUGCAGAAAUCCGAAAGUAUGACUAUGACCCAAAUUUUGCAAUAAGGGGGCUUCAUUAUGAUGUGCAUCGGGCAUUAUUAAUGAAGAUUGAUGCUUUUCACUACAUUCAACUGGGAACUGUGUACAGAGGAUUGAAUGUUGUGCCAGAUGAAGAAAUAAUUGCUAUGUAUGAUGGUUCCCAUGUGCCCUUGGAACAAAUGAGCGACUUCUAUGGAAAGAGUUCACACGGUCACACUAUGAAACAGUUCAUGGACAUCUUUUCCUUGCCUGAGAUGACUCUCCUGUCUUGUGUGAAUGAGUAUUUUCUGAAGAACAAUAUUGACUAUGAGCCGGUUCAUCUCUACAAAGAUGUGAAGGAUUCAAUCAGAGAUGUACACAUCAAAGGAAUAAUGUACCGUGCAAUUGAAGCAGAUAUUGAGAAAUACAUUUGUUAUGCAGAGCAGACACGUGCUGUGUUAGCAAAGCUGGCAGCUCAUGGAAAGAAGAUGUUCCUGAUCACAAAUAGCCCUAGCAGCUUUGUGGACAGAGGCAUGAAGUACAUAGUUGGAAAAGAUUGGAGAGAUCUCUUUGAUGUAGUCAUUGUCCAGGCAGAGAAGCCAAAUUUUUUCAAUGAUAAGAGAAGACCUUUCCGCAAAGUGACUGAAAGUGGUGUUUUGCUUUGGGACAAAAUUCAUGAAUUGCAGAAAGGGCAGAUUUACAAGCAGGGUAACUUGUAUGAAUUUCUGAAACUGACUGGUUGGCGAGGUUCCAAAGUCUUAUAUUUUGGUGAUCAUAUUUACAGUGAUCUAGCUGAUUUGACCUUAAAACACGGCUGGCGUACAGGGGCAAUUAUUCCAGAAUUACGAAGAGAGAUUAAGAUCAUGAAUACAGAGCAAUACAUUCAGACUAUGACUUGGCUGCAAACCCUCACUGGAUUACUGGAACACAUGCAGAUUCACAAGAAUCCUGAUUGCCAAAUGAUAUUAAAUGAAUGGAAAAAGGAAAGAAAGGAAAUGCGAGAAACGACCAGAGAUUUCUUCAACUCUCAGUUUGGAAGCUUAUUCAGGACCGACCAAAACCCCACCUAUUUCUUAAGGCGCUUGUCUCGUUUUGCCGAUAUCUACAUGGCAUCGUUGAGUUGCCUGUUGAACUAUGACCAUGAUUAUACAUUCUAUCCACGAAGAACUCCUUUGCAGCAUGAACUUCCAAUGUGGUCUGACCAGUUGUGCACGGGUACAUUCAGAAUACCAUUUCUUCAGCAGAUGAUUCAGAUCAAAUAACCUCCCUGACUCCCAGGGUUGCUGUUUUUUGUAAUGCAAUUGUAACCAUAUUACUACGCAGUGGCUUUUUUAAGGAUAUUUAUUGUAAGAGCAACUUUCUCUAUAGUAAUUGGUUCUUGCCGUACAUGCUAUGGAGCAAAUGUGUCUAUUCAGCUGCUCUCUUUAUUUUUUUCUAGUGAGAAUUGAUAAGAACUAUGGUUGCACUAAGAACGGAUUCUUUCCUCCAGUUGGAAGAGGGAAUGGAAAAUUAUUUGCACAUAAAUUUACAUACAGCCCAUAAUAUUUGUCUUAUGCAGUCUAACCAGAGGUGGUAUUCAGCCAGUUCUGACAGGUUCUAAAGAACCAGCAGUGGAAAUUUUGAGUA